UUGUCAAUUGAGUGCAUUGGCUAAAUGACGUUUCAGUUUUCUAUCAAUUGUAAUUGUUUAUACGUGUUUUUAUGUAAAAUAUUUUCAUAUUAUGGCUACUAAACUAAAUGUUAAUAUUAGAACGCUUCUGUCCAACUGCGAGGAGCUAUCAAAGGACGAAGCAAAUUAUUGGCGUCUCAAAAAGUUUAUAAAAUCUUUGGACACUAUGAUAGAGGAACUCAAAGAGUUUGACGAUAUAAGUAGUAAUAUGAAAAUUGCAGAUUAUACAAAACGACUGCAGGCUCUCAAGAUUCUUACGAAUUAUAUAGAUAGUCCACCACCUGUAAAGAGUCUGCGAUCUAAAUUGCGUCCUGCAUAUGAAGCAGGUGAGGAUGCACUUAAGGAAAUGCAACAACUUCAAAGUUCCAAACGCUAUGCAGAUAUACGAAAGGAGUUAUUAAACGAGGAUACACUUCGCAGACGAAAGCCAGAUGAUAGCGCACCUAAUGCCGAAAACAUGAACGAAGCAGUUAAAUAUUACAAUGAGGCUCAAGAAAAAAUUACGGAGCAUAUGCUGUCGUUAACGCGAAAUCUGAAAGAGCAGACAGAAACCGCCAAUAGAAUAAUUAAGAAGGAUACUGAAAUAGCAUCAAGAUCAACAAAUAUGGCUGAUCGUAAUAUUAACUCAUUGAAUAAAGAAACGGAAAAAUUAGCUGAACACUCACGCAAUGCAUGGAAAUGUUGGAUGUGGCUUAUGUUUGCAUUCGUUAUAACAGUAUUUAUUGGUAUGGUGUUGUUCAUGAAAAUAAUGAAAAAGAGGAAAGCUUAGACCAUUCACAGUGAUACCAUAAAUAUUUUAAUUUUACACAUUUAGUUAAGGAAAAAUAUAACGAAACUAAAUAAAGAUAAGUACAAAUACCACUCACACAAA